AUGCCGUUCCCCGCUGUACCCCGCGGUCGACUCCCCCUACAAGUGCGAGCGACUAAUUUUUAUCUGCGCACCUCUUUGGGCUUGUCUUCAUUUCAUACCAUCUCCUCCGCACGAGGGGUUAGAGGUUCUGUCUUGUCAACCUUGAAGGCUCCAUCCCCAGCAUUGAUUUUCUUAAACCCGUCGCUUGAUUCGAAUCGCACGUUCUGCAGUUCCGCAACCAUGGCCGCUAAGAUUGAUGGCACGGCCAUUGCCAAAAGUAUUCGCCAGGGACUUAAGGAUGAAAUUGAGCAAACCCAGAUCACGAACCCCAGAUUCAAGCCGAACUUGAUCAUUUUCCAAGUCGGCAACCGAUCGGAUUCCAGCACCUAUGUGCGCAUGAAGCUGAAGGCGGCCCAGGAGGCAAACAUCCUCUGCACUCUUAUCAAUGUCCCCGAAACCAGCACCGAGUUGGAGCUCCUCCAGGAUAUCACCAAGGCUAACAAUGAUCCCGCUGUCCACGGUAUCCUGGUCCAACUGCCCCUCCCGGACCAUAUGUCCGAGCACACCAUUACCUCUGCUGUCGCCGAUGAGAAGGAUGUGGAUGGAUUCGGAGCCAUUAACAUUGGCGAGCUGGCCAAGCGCGGUGGUCGGCCACACUUCACACCAUGCACCCCGCUUGCCGUUAUGGAGUUGCUCAAGGCCAGCGGCGUGGACCCCUCUGGCAAGCACGCGGUGGUUCUGGGACGUAGUGACAUUGUUGGUAGCCCGGUCAGCUUCCUGCUCCGGAAUGCCCAUGCCACCGUCACGGUCUGCCACUCCAAGAGUGCCGAUAUCCCCAAUAUCGUCAAGAACGCAGACAUUGUCGUCGCCGCCAUUGGAAAGGCCGAGUUUGUCAAGGGAGAAUGGUUGAAACCCGGUGCCGUUGUGAUUGAUGUCGGUAUUAACUACAAGCCCGAUGCGACCAAGAAGUCAGGUGAGCGCCUGGUGGGAGACAUUGAGUUUGAGUCGGCCUCUCAGGUGGCCUCACAAAUCACCCCGGUCCCUGGUGGUGUUGGCCCCAUGACCGUCGCCAUGCUACUGAAGAACGUGGUCCACGCUGCCAAGUCAUACUUCGAGAGGCAAAAGGACCGACGCAUUACUCCUCUUCCCAUUCGUUUGCAGACCCCCGUGCCGUCGGAUAUCGCUAUUUCCCGUGCUCAAUACCCGAAGCCCAUUACACAGGUCGCCGCUGAGGUUGGCAUCGCGCCUCACGAGCUGGAGCAAUACGGUCACACUAAGGCUAAGGUUGGACUGGAGGUCUUGGACCGCCUCUCUCAUCGUCGCAAUGGGCGUUAUAUCCUGGUUUGCGGUAUCACUCCUACUCCUCUGGGUGAGGGCAAGUCAACCACCACCCUUGGUCUUACCCAGGCUCUUGGAGCUCACCUGAAUCGUAUCACUUUUGCCAACGUUCGUCAGCCCAGUCAAGGCCCGACCUUUGGUAUCAAGGGUGGUGCUGCUGGAGGUGGCUACAGUCAGGUCAUCCCCAUGGAUGAGUUCAACCUGCACUUGACAGGUGAUAUCCACGCCAUCACCGCCGCUAACAACCUUCUUGCUGCCGCCAUUGAGACCCGCAUGUUCCAUGAGUCUACGCAGAAGGACGGACCUCUUUACAAGCGCCUGGUGCCCGCCAGCAAGGGCAAGCGCGAGUUCAAGCCUAUCAUGUUCCGUCGCCUGAAGAAGCUUGGCAUUGAGAAGACUAACCCAGAUGAUCUUACUGAGGACGAGAUCCGUCGCUUUGCGCGCCUAGAUAUUGACCCUGAGACUAUCACCUGGCGCCGCGUUCUCGAUGUCAAUGACCGUCACCUGCGUGGCAUCACCGUCGGCCUGGCUGCCACUGAGAAGGGACAUUCUCGCGAGACUGGCUUCGAUAUCUCCGUCGCCAGUGAGUGUAUGGCCAUCCUUGCCCUGAGCAACAGUCUUGAGGAUAUGCGUGAGCGUCUGGGCCGCAUGGUGGUCGCUACCUCCCGGAGUGGUGACCCCGUCACCUGUGACGACAUUGGCGCCGGCGGUGCUCUCGCUGCUUUGAUGAAGGAUGCCAUCAAACCUAACCUCAUGCAGAGCUUGGAGGGAACUCCCGUUCUGGUCCAUGCUGGUCCCUUCGCAAACAUCAGUAUUGGUGCUAGCUCCGUCAUUGCUGAUAAGCUGGCCUUGAAGUUGGCCGGAACCGAGCCUGAUGAGGAUCACGAUGCCAAGACUGGAUUUGUGGUGACUGAGGCUGGUUUCGACUUCACCAUGGGCGGUGAACGCUUCUUCAAUAUCAAGUGCCGAUCAUCCGGUCUAUCUCCCGAUUGCGUGGUUAUUGUGGCUACCGUCCGCGCCCUGAAGGUUCACGGCGGCGGUCCCGAGAUCAAGCCCGGCGCUCCUCUGGACGAGGUUUACCGCACGGAGAACGUGGAGGUGCUGCGUAAGGGUUGUAUCAACUUGCGCAAGCACAUUUCCAACGCUCGCCAGUACGGUGUGCCGGUCGUGGUGGCCAUUAACAAGUUCGAGACUGACACCGAGGCUGAAAUCGCUGUCAUCAAGGAGGAGGCUAUUGCGGCGGGUGCCGAGGACGCCAUCCCCGCUAAUCACUGGGCCGAGGGUGGAGCCGGUGCCGUUGACCUGGCCAAGGGUGUUCUGGCCGCUAGCUCCAAGCCCAAGGACUUCAAGCUGCUCUACAACCUGGAUGGCAGCAUCCAGGAACGUAUUGAGCGUAUCGGCAAGGCCAUGUACGGCGCUGAGAAGGUGGAGUUCAGUGAGCUGGCACAGAAGAAGGUUGAUACCUACACCAAGCAAGGAUUUGCCAACCUGCCAAUCUGUAUUGCCAAGACGCAGUACUCUCUUAGUCACGAUCCUGCCCUGAAGGGUGCACCCACCGGGUUCACUGUGCCGAUUCGGGAUGUCAGACUGGCCGUGGGUGCUGGAUAUCUCUACGCUUUGGCCGCCGACAUCCAGACUAUUCCUGGUCUGCCUACUGCCCCAGGCUACCUUAAUGUAGACAUUGACACCGAGACUGGUGAGAUCGACGGUCUGUUCUAG